GAUUCUCAAGCCCUGUCUUCCAGUCUUCUUCCACCUCUUCUUCCUCUUUUGGAGAUGAGGAAGGGCCAACAACCCUUGGGAAGACCAUUUCUCUUGUUGUAGUAAGAACCAAAGGACGUAUUAUUGCAUGGCAUCAGCCUUACAUCGUUCACAAUGAGCGGCCUUGCAGAGAACAACAACAAAGACUAUGGAGCCACCAGCGAUGAACAAGAAGUUUGUUGGAAUGAGGAGGCUGGAAGAGCCUCUCUGCUGAACAACAGCAGCAAUGGUAGCAGCAGCAACCGAAGGAACAGUGUGCGAGAAAGCAUUCUGAUCAUGCGCCAGAGCAUACGAGAAUCGACCGCAAACUUGGUUCGUUCAUCCAUAACGCUCUCAUUUGGAGGUCGUCAGUGCAGUGUUCGCUCAACUGGAGGUACCGCGACGAUUGCCACCGAGUUUUUCAAUCUGGUCAAGAACUUGGUGGGAGCAGGAAUGCUGGCCAUACCUAAUGGUGUUGCUGCCUUUGCCGAUGCUCCAUCUGCCCUGCUCCCAGGAGCCUUCUUUACCUUUCUCAUGGGAGCCAUCUUUGGCUACUACUUUACGCUGAUUGGACGUACUUGUCGUCUCACUCACACCGCCACAUAUCGAGAGGUUUGGGAGCAGACAAUGGGAGAUGGACAGUCGCUGGCCAUCAUUGUCAGUCUUGUCAACAUGACCAAGCCCGCAUUGGGCAAUUUGGCCUACUCCAUGAUUCUAGCAGACACCUUUCGAUCUCUCUUUGCCGCCGUGCAGGUAGAGGUGUCCCGGACGAUGUCACUCUUAUUGAUUACAUUUCUGGGAUUGUUGCCUCUAUGUCUCUUGAAGAAUCUCAGUGUGUUGGCACCGACCAGUAUGCUGGGCGUAUUUGGCUUUGCAGCUACGACUGUUGUCAUGGGAAUCCGAUACUUUGAUGGCAGCUACGCCGAGGGCGGAAAGUUCGCAACGGAUAUGGAAGAGAAGUAUCAGCCUGUCUUUGGCAACCAAGGCGCCAGUGCGGCCUGGACCAAUCCAAAGGUUUUGGUCCUUGUUUGCAUGCUCUUCGAGGCAUUUGUGGCACACUACAAUGCUCCUCGAUUCUACACGGAACUCAAAAACAAUACGGUCCAACGAUACGCUUUGAUGACAACCUACUCUUUUGGUGCUUCCAGUUUGAUCUAUUUCCUAGUCAUGGUGUUUGGAUUCCUCACCUUCGGUAAGGCUUGUGAUGGCUACAUUCUCAACAACUACAGCAACAACGAUCCAAUGGCCACCUUUUGUCGACUGUGCGUGGCCAUGGCAUUGGUCUGUACCUACCCAAUCGUCUUUGUGGGAGUCCGGGAUGCGUUCUUGGACCUGUGCAAGAUCCCAAUGGAAAAACACACUUCUACCAACUUGAACAUUGUCAGCGUCUUUCUCUUGACGAUCAUCACCGCUAUCGCUGCCUCUAUUACUGAUCUUGGCCUGGUCAACGCCGUUGGUGGGGGGACGUUGGGAACUAUUGUGGUCUUUGUUUUCCCAGCAAUCAUGUUCCGGGCUGCUGUGGAGCAGCAACACCCCGAUGACAUUGACGAUGGAUCUCUCUGGGAAGUUAACUUCGCAAUUGCACUGAUGUGGUUCGGUAUCAUAUUGGGAAUAGUCGGUGUCUACAUGGCAGUGACAGAAUGAGGAAAGACGUAGACGGCUGAGCAGAAACGAACGAAACACGCACUUCUUCCAAUGCGAUCCUACAUGUAGCUAGCUAUGUUUCUCUCCAGUGGCGUUGGAAUUGACAGUGACAGGCUUGGGCUUGGAAAAGCUCUAGCUGGCAACUGCUUGAUGCAGCUGCCCAUCAACAAGUUCACAUUGGUUGAAGUUGCUUUCACUCACCUGCCUGCUUGCACGGGACAAGCACGAUUACAUCUUGAAUGGUUCGUGGCGGUUGAAGUGUUUGGGUGCGUUGUAGCUAGCUUGCUUUCCAGUAUGCAUAGUAGAUGUAGCCAUGAAUGUUUCGUGGGAGUUGUUUGUGGUAUACACGGCUGUUUUCAGUUCGUACAAUUCAAAUAUUCUACGAUGCAGAGUAUGGAUUUAUCAAAGCAGCAAAAAGUGAGAAUACUAAAUAAUUUUACUGGGAUUGACAUUGGCCUUCGCAAUGAUAAAAAGCUCUUCGGAUUGAGGUACACACCGUUGGAAAACAAUGACGUGAUCCCUCUUCCAACCGGGGCUACGGCAUAAUAUC